AUGUCUGCGCUGCAGAAGUGCAGACCACCGGCUUGCCACCUGCCCAGUCCUAAAGCAAGACCUAAUGUCGCGGCUCGCGUGCACUCAUCAGAGCCCCAGCAGGUCCCAGAUUCCUCUGAGGUCGUAGAUGGUACGAUCCCUGUAUUCCAACACUUUUCCAAAGUUUUAGUAGAUCCUGGUGCCACCCAUUCCUUUGUUAAUCCUGAUUUUAUGUGUGGCAUUGACAUAAAACCUGCUAGUUUACCUUACGACCUAGAAGUUAGUACGCAUACGGGGGAUCAUCGUUUUGUUACUAGUCUGGUUUAUAGGGAUUACGAGGUUUGGGUUGGAGAGAGGAGGUUGUUAGGGGACUUGAUCAGCCUGUCAAUCAAGGGGUAUGAUGUGAUUCUGGGCAUGGACUGGUUAGCCAGGUAUAAUGCCCAAUUGGACUGUAAAAAGAAGGUGGUGGAGUUCCGCAUUCCUGGAGAAGCGACCUUCGGGUUAGAUAUAAGGGGAAG